AUGUCAUUCAGGCCUACAGAAUUCUCCCCUCCUGACGUUCUCCCAGCGCUGCAAAGGACUCUUCAGGACCUCCGUCUUUCCUAUCUGGACCUCUUUCUGGCCUACGCCCCUCUCGGUUCCAGGGAUCGCCCUGUGUAUGACGAGUCCCUCAUGCCUCCUGUGCUUCUGGACCAUCCCUUGAUUAAAGAGGUGGCUAAGAAUUUGCACCAAUCUCCAGCGCAAGUGGCUCUGCGGUGGGGCAUACAGAGGGGUAUGAGCGUGCUUCCUAAGAGCAGCAACCCGUGGCACAUCAAGGAGAACAUUGGGCUGUUCGACUGGAACAUACCCCCAAUGGACUUCCAUGCACUCUCCCUCAUCGAACCCCAGGUUCGGAUACUGGACUACUAUGGCUACUGGGUCGGAGACAGCCGGCCCUUUCUAGAGCCCGAGGAGCUCUGGAACGAUGAGGCGGAUAAAGUGGGGGAGGGGGACAAAGUGGGUGAGGGGAACAGGAAAGCUUCAAACAAUGACGAGUGGGAGGAGUGA